AUGGGUUUUGUUAGUCUCUUCCUACCCGAGAAAUCCUCCCAUCGCAUAGGGCAUAGAGAUCCGUUCUGGAAUGGCAGAAAGAAGCCUUUCAUGAUCGCAGCUAUUGCCUCGGCUAUGCUGCUUCAGAUUCUGUUUCUUGUCAACAUGUCAUACCUCUUCGGAUCUCUCUUCAAGUCAGAACAUAGGGUACACAACCUCCACGUCCUCACAGUCGACUACGAUGGGGGUGUCAUUGGAAAGAGUCUUCAGGGCGCCAUCACACAGCUUAAAGCAGACACAUUCCCAACUUUCGACAUUGAGAGCAGUGCCAAGUAUCCAGAGGUUGCGGAUAUCGUCCAAGCAGUCAGGAAGGGUGACCACUGGGCUGCUGUAUUCACUCAUGCUGGGGCUUCAGACCGUCUUGCAGCUGCCCUUGAAGGUGGGGAUGCAGCUGCUGCUUACGACCCGACAAAUACACUUACAUAUGUCUGGAACGAGGUCAGAUACCCAGCUAUGGAAGACGGCACAGUCAAGUCCAGCAUGUCACAGCUCAUGGCAGUCGUCCGCGUCGCAUACAACCACAUGAACGGCACUGGCGCGCUACAAACUCUAAACAAGAAUGAUCCUGCUGCCCUCCAAGUCUUCCUCAAUCCGAUCCAAGGAGGAGACAUCAACAUCAUGCCUACAGGCCAGGGAACCAGAGUCUUAUACAACACUGUCGCCAUGGUGAUGCCUAUUAUCAUGCAGUUCUUCUUCCUCAUGGCUGUCAACGGAGUCAGUGCAGAGUUCAAUCUGUACUCGCACCUCCCAGUACUCAACAAUGGCAUCAUCCGCCUCGUACUCAGUCUGUCAUACACCUUCGUCGGCUCCCUCUGCUGGGCCGGCUACAUCUGGGCAUUCCGUGAAACCUGGUCCGUUGGUGCAGGCCAAUUCUUCUGCACCUGGAUGAUCAUUUGGCUUUUCAUGCACAUCAACUUUGUAGUGUUCCUCCNNCCCUUCUUCGUGCUGACUUGGGUGAUCGUCAACGUCACAUCCACGAUCUGGCCUUUCGAGCUCGCGCCUGGAUUUUAUCGCUGGGGCUACGCACUCCCCGCCCACGAAGUCUGGCAAGUGCUAAUUCAGAUCUGGUCAGGUGGUGCAGUGGAUCGUCUCUACCAAGCCUUGCCCAUUCUCUUCACGUGGGAGAUUGUGUUUUUGCCUUUGGCUGUUAUAGCGCUGAACCAUCGUUGUGCUGUCGCAGAGAGGGAGCACAAAGCUAUGGAGGAAGAGAGAAGACAACUUAUACUCAAGGCAGAGAAGGGAAAGGUGAGUGAAUCGUUGGAGCGGUCGGCAUCAGAUGGGGCACCGUCGCCAGUGGAUGAGAAGGUGCAGAGUUUUGAGGCGGAUGUUGAGAGGAAUGCAUACUCACCAGCCAUUCCUCCGCCGGUCUGA